AUGACCACGAACGGCAACAACGCUGCGAUGGGAAAUUAUAUGGACAACUCGCCCAACGUCGUGAAUAUGGCCAACAUGUCGCGUCAAUCCAUGUCUCCAUCCCCAUCACAAAUGAACGGUAACGGCGGCGGCGGCGGUGGUGGUGGUGCAGGCGGUGUUGGAAACAGCAUGGGCAAUAAUAAUAGUAAUAAUAUGAUGAUGAAUGGGCUGCCAAUGAAUGCAGGACAUCAGAUGGAUCUGAAUAAUUUAUAUGAUAUGGUGGUGGAGUUUAGCGAUAUUUUGAAGAAUAAUCGUGAAAUGACGAGGGGGAUUGUUCAGAGCGCCGAGGAGAUAAUGCGUCGAUCUACUGCUGAGGGCACGAGUCCGGAUAUUCAUCAAGUCAGCGGGGAGAUUUCUGCCGCACGAAUCGCCGAACUCGAGCGUGCCCUCGCCCGCGAACGCCGUAUCGUCGAAGCCUUAGAACGAGAACAAAUUGAAAAUACAAGCCUCAUCGGCGAAUUCGAAACCAGCAUGGGCAUCAUGGUCGAACAAAUCCGCAACUACUGCCAAAACAACAACAUGUACUUUCUCGCCCAAAAGAAAGAGUACAACGCUUUGUUGCAGGCUGAGCGCGACGCUCAUCUAUCGAGUCGUCUGGAUCGGGACCAUUGGCAUGCGCAGGCCAUGCGGCUGGCGGAGAUGUUGCGCACGGCGUAUCGGUUGAGGUGUGAAGAGGAUCAGGCGCCGACGGCGAUUAUUCAGGCUUUGCAGUCGGAGGUGAGGGCUUUGAGGUCUGCCAUUGGACUGGAGCCGGAGAAGCCGGAGGAAGAGACGGGGUACGAGUUUUUGAAGGAUUUGUCGCCUCCGGUUGUUGAUUAA